GCUAUGAGUUCCUUCAUGGGGCAGAUGGCCGAGUACCCGACCAUCUCCAUAGACCGCUUCGACAGGGAGAACCUGAAAGCCCGCGCCUACUUCCUGUCCCACUGCCACAAGGAUCAUAUGAAAGGAUUAAGAGCCCCUACCUUGAAAAGAAGGUUGGAGUGCAGCUUGAAGGUUUACUUAUACUGUUCACCUGUUACUAAAGAGUUGUUGUUAACUAGCCCGAAGUACAAAUUUUGGGAGAAACGAAUCAUAUCCAUUGAAAUUGAAACUCCUACUCAGAUAUCUUUAGUCGAUGAAGCAUCAGGCGAGAAGGAAGAGGUGGUUGUGACUCUCUUACCAGCUGGUCAUUGUCCAGGAUCAGUUAUGUUUUUAUUUCAGGGCAAUAAUGGAACAGUCUUGUACACGGGAGACUUCAGGUUGGCAAAGGGAGAAGCUUCCAGGAUGGAGCUUCUGCACUCCGGGGGCAGAGUGAAAGACAUCCAAAGUGUAUACUUAGAUACUACUUUCUGUGAUCCAAAAUUUUAUCAAAUUCCUAGUCGAGAGGAGUGUCUGAAUGGAAUUGUAGAGCUGGUUCGAAGCUGGAUCACUCGGAGUCCAUACCAUGUUGUGUGGCUGAACUGCAAAGCAGCUUACGGGUAUGAGUACUUAUUCACCAAUCUUAGUGAAGAAUUUGGAGUCCAGAUUCAUGUGGACAGACUGGACAUGUUUAGAAACAUGCCGGACAUUCUUCAUCAUCUCACAACAGACCGUAGCACUCAGAUCCAUGCCUGUCGCCAUCCGAAGGCAGAGGAAUAUUUUCAAUGGAAUAAAUUACCUUGUGGAAUUAUUUCCAAAAAUAGAAUUCCACUCCACACAAUCAGCAUUAAGCCAUCCACUAUGUGGUUUGGAGAAAGAACCAGAAAAACAAAUGUAAUUGUGAGGACUGGAGAGAGUUCAUACAGAGCUUGUUUUUCUUUUCAUUCUUCCUACAGUGAGAUUAAAGAUUUCUUGAGCUACAUCUGUCCUGUGAACGUAUAUCCAAAUGUCAUCCCAAUAGGCACGACUGUGGAUAAGGUUGUAGAAAUCUUAAAGCCUUUAUGCCGAUCUUCCCAAAGUACUGAGCCAAAGUAUAAACCACUUGGAAAAUUGAAGAGAGCUAGAAAAACUCACCUAGACUCAGAGGAGGAGGAGGACCUCUUUGAUGAUCCUCUGCCGCUACCGUUAAGGCACAAGGCUCCAUACCAGCUAACGCUUCACCCUGAGGUAUUUGUAAUGACCGCAACACCACAAUACCAGCCUGAACAAGAGAGGCCAAGCACCGGCUACCUCAGAGCAGAGAGUAUGCAAACCUUUCCUUGGGCCAACUUUAUAGAUUGUGAAGAAUCUAACAGCGAAAGUGAAGAAGAAUUAGAAACCCCAGCUUCAUCGAAAGAAGACCUAGGUGCUGUCACACGCCACCAGCAAAAGGCUGAUGUAGAAGUACCACAGUGGGAAGUAUUCUUUAAAAGAAAUGAUGAAAUCACAGAUGACGGUUUGGAAAACCCCCCUUCUUCCACAGAGGCAGGGGGCUCUCAGUCACCGAAGCUUUUUAGUGACUCUGAUGGGGAAUCAACUCACAUCUCUUCCCAGAAUUCUUCUCAGUCAACACACAUAUCUGAACAAGGGAGUCAAGGGUGGGACAGCCAAUCUGAUACUGUUUUGUUAACAUCCCAAGAGAGAAAGAGUGGGGAUAUUACCUCCUUAAACAAAGGUAGCUACAGACCAAGAAUUAAAGAGAAUAUUCCUGCCACUCAGAUGGAACAAAAUACACUCUGUCCAAAGGAUACUUAUUCUGACUUGAAACACAGAGAUCAAGAUGUAAAGAUAGUUCCCAGUGUUGGAACCGCUCUAAGCAGUGGCAAACACAUACCUCAGGAGAAAGGGCUGCUAAAUCUUAGCACCAAUGCAGAUUCCCAGAGCUCCUCAGAUUUUGAAAUUCCCUCAACACCAGAAGCUGAGCUACCUAAAGGAGAGCAUUUACAAUAUUUAUAUGAGAAGCUGGCAACCGGUGAGAAUAUAGUCAUUGAAAAAAGAAAAAGCUCA